ACACAUCAAUAUGAUAUGUGUAUGCCUGACUGCUCUAGGUGUACAAUGAACCAUCUUAAAAAAUCCAAUUCGGGUAUUUAUAAACAUUAUGGCUAGUACUUCCUGGUUGACAUAGGUCACAAUGUGAUGUUGAUCUUGCUGCAAUGAAGAUGAUCCAAAAUCUGCAACCUUGUGUAUUUUUGAUAAUCAUACAGACCUUUUUUGUGACAGUAACAGCACAGCAAAACCUGGCACUAAAGGGAAUAGCAAGACAAAAGACAACGUUUACAGAUGCAGGUGGAAUAGUUCACAGUGCAAGCUUGGCUGUAGAAGGACCUGCAAAUAAUGAAUGGAGAGAUGGAUGCUCAUCUACACUUCCAGGUCAGCCUGAAGCGUGGUGGGGUCUGUUUCUUCCGGAUCUAGCCUAUAUUACAAAUGUGGUGUUUUACUUUCGUGGCGACGAUCCAGGGCAAACAAAUGAGUUCCGUCUGUAUCUAUCUAAUUCAUCAGAACAUGACCCGGUUAAAUCAUUAUGCUACACAGAUUUAGGAAAAGCGGGCUUCCCUGAAUCUACACAUGAUAAAGACUGUAAUACGCUGACGAGAAAUGUUUAUUUUUUCAACCGAAACAGGGUUGUUGUGAUAUGUUAUAUAGAAGUUAACGGCUGCUUGAAAGGUACUUGGGGAAAUAACUGCACAGAACUAUGUCCAUCAAAUUGUAUAAGCAAUCAUUGUGAAAUUGGAAACGGCACCUGUGUCUGGGGAUGUGACUCACGUCACUGUGUUCAUAACAGAUGUGAUAAACACACAGGUAUUUGCGCAGAUGGAUGCGUAGCUGGACGAGCUGGGCAGUACUGUAGCAAAUAUAAUUUAGCCUCACAUGGGACAGCAACACAAUAUCCUCUUAAUCCAAAAAAACCUGCAAGUUUGUCCGUUGAUGGAAAUCGGACAAAUGGUAUUUGUUCCAGGACAACAGGACCAGGUUCUUACUUACAGGUCGACACUGGCUCAAUGAGUGUAGUAACUACAGUUUAUCUAACCUUUGGUGAUAUACCGGUAACAACGGGUGAAAAUGUAGUAUACUGUUCCAAUACCAGUGAUUCCUGGGUUGAUGGCAUUAUGUUAUAUACGGGUGAACGUCCGACUAAGAAUAUUAAUGUAUUUGCCGUUUGUAGAUAUAUUACGUAUGUACCACCUGCAGCCAGUGGAGUUGAUGUGUGUGAAUUUGAAAUUGGCGGGUGUCCUCUAGGAAGAUAUGGAGACAACUGUGAAAAUUAUUGCCACUGCAACGGACCAUGUGAUUUAAUUACAGGAAAUUGUACAUCUGGAUGUUUGGAUGGAUGGGUUGGUUAUAAAUGUGACAUUGCUUGUGCUAGUGGAAACUUCGGAAGUGGAUGUAGUAGACCUUGUUCCGCAAACUGCUUAAAUCCGCCAUGUAAUCAUGUAUCAGGUGAAUGUACUGGAGGUUGUAAUAAAGGAUGGGAGGAAUAUAACUGUACAAAAGAAUGUGACGAUGGAUAUUUUGGUACGAACUGUUCGCAAACCUGUUUCGGAUGCAUAUCAAACACAUGUGAUAAAAUUAACGGCGAGUGCAGUAAUUCGAGUGGAUGUAAACCAGGUUAUGUAAAAGGACAAUAUUGCAAUCAGGAAUGCGAAGAUUGGCAAUUUGGGAUAGACUGUGCAAAGGUAUGUUACUGUCGCACUAAACCUUGCAACAAAUUCGAUGGUCUUUGUUCUGAUGGAGAAUGUAAAAAAGGAUGGCAUGGCAAAUCAUGCGAUAAAGAAUGUGACGAUGGCUUCUAUGGUUUUAAUUGCCUAAUGGAGUGUACAACAUGCCUCAACAAGUCAUGUGAAAUACUUGAAGGAAAUUGUUCAUAUGGAUGUAUUGACAGAUACGAAGGAGUUAAGUGCAAAGUAGCUGCAGGGGUUAUGUCCAACGGCAACAAUUCAGGUGCAGCAGUAGGAGGAGGCAUAGCGGCUACAAUUGUUAUCAUAGCUUUAGUGGCAAUAAUAAUUAUUAUAUACAGGCGAAGAUCUAAACCUAAAAGUGAAAAAUAUCUCAGCAACCGGGACAAGAUAACGGGAAGCCACGAAAAUACGUAUUGUAAUCAUAAAGAUAAACUGAAGACGGAGGAUAUAUAUCUAAAUUUAGAAAGUGAACAGGAUUCUGAUAAUGCAAAACAUCCCAUGUCUGGUAAAAAAGAAAGUAAAACAAGUGUUAUUGAAGUAAAAGACGAAUACCCAGAAGAGUAUGAUGAUGAAGAAGAAGAAGAAAAUGUGUAUCAUAAUGACCCUUCUGAACAAAAAAUUACUAAAUACAAAGUGCUAAUAGAAGACCUUAGAAAAGUUAUCAACGAGAAAAAAAGGGAUGAUGGUUUCAAGAAUGAAUAUGAGAUCUUACCUAAAGGGCUUGUUCAUGCUCAUACUGAAGGUUCAAAAGAAGAAAACAAAGUUAAAAAUCGAUUCCUCUCAACAUGGCCAUAUGACCAUUCAAGGGUUGUGUUGGCAGGAGAUAUCAAGCAUGAUUACAUAAACGCUAGUUACAUUGAUAGUUAUGACAGAAAAAAGGCAUACAUAGCCUCACAAGGUCCGAAAAAGAAUACACUACGGGAUUUCUGGCAAAUGGUCUGGCAGGAAAAUGUUUGCAAAAUAGUGAUGGUCACGAAACUGGAAGAGGAAAGAAGGAAAAAAUGUGAACAAUACUGGCCUAAAACCGUCAAUAAAGCAACAAUGGUAGACAACUAUAGACUAACAAUGACAGAGGAGAUAUACCAUACCAUUUAUGUGUACAGAUUGAUUAUACUACAUAACAAAACGAAUCAGCAAGAACGAAGCAUUCAUCAUUUUCAUUUCACACAAUGGCCGGAUCAUGGUGUUCCAGAUAGCAUUAAACUGGUCAACUUUUACAGGAAAGUGAAAAGCAAAAAAUGUGAUAAAAAUGGUCCAGUGGUGGUGCAUUGCAGUGCUGGUGUUGGAAGGACAGGUACAUUCAUAGCUGUAGAUGCCCUUUAUGAGCAUGGCAAACAAGUUGGUUACGUUGAUAUUAUGGAGUAUGUUCAGAUGAUGAGGAAAGAUAGAAUGAAUAUGAUUCAAACACAUGGACAAUAUUCGAUCGUGUUUGAAGCACUGCUGGAACUAUUCACGGUUCCAAAUACGUCCAUUCAAAAGAAUGAUUUCUGCGAAUAUAUACAAAAGCAAGAAAACAAGACAUUACCGACAAAUCAAACAAUAUUCAGAGAAGAGUUUCAGAGAUUGCAAACGUUGCGUCCAUUAUAUUCUGCUGAUAAUUAUACAGCUGCAAGACGUAAAGAAAACUUAUCAAAAAAUUCUUCAAAGUCUAUUCUUGCAAAUGACAACUAUAGACCUUACUUAAUGUCUUACGGUAGAAACAGAAACGACUACAUAAAUGCAGUUAUAGUUCCUGGUUAUUCGGCGGAAAGUAAAUUAUUUGUAACGCAGUGUCCAUUGGUUGAAACUGUAAUUGAUUUUUGGACAAUGAUGUUUGACCACGGUUCCAAGAUUAUUGUUCUGUUGGAUCCAGCAAAUAAGGGUGCUCCAUUAUGGUUAGAAAAGAAAGAAAAGCUUCAGUUUGAUGAUUUUAGCAUUAUAAAAGAAAAUGAAAAUUUAGAAAAAGAGCUUCAGAUCACUGUGAAUCAUACGAAAAGUAAAGAAACGAUAUCAUUAAAUGUUUUCACUGCUGACGAUUGGACGAUAACUAAUGCACCACCAUCACCAGAGUACAUGUUAGAUCUUCUUCAACGUGUACAGAACUGUUGGGAAAUGCAAAAAUGUCCUAUAACAGUAGUUUGCAGUGAUGGUUGUAGCAAGAGUGGGCUAUUUGUGGCAUUGAAAUUGGUUUUAGAAAAAAUGCAGAUCGAUGAGGAAAUCGAUAUUUUCCAAGUAGUUAGAGAAAUUCAAACGAGGCGACCAGAAUUCCUGGGGGAAUUGGAUCAGUACGAAUAUUGUUACAAGUGUAUCAGAGGGCUACUAGAGGGAGAUUCCCGAGAUUCACUGUAUGCAAAUGUUCAGUGAAGCUCCAUAUUCUGUGAUUGUCUUGACAAUAUUUUAUACACAUCUUUAUGUAUUGUUGAUCUAUUAAUUGCCUCCAAAGAACUCCUCAACAUUUGUCAUUAACAAUAACAUUAUACACCACAAACGUUUAAACAGCAAGGAAACAAUAUAAACGCAAAUAGAUUUAAGAAUCUUAAGGAUCAAUUAUUUCGGGGAUUCAUUUGUUGAUAAGGGUCCAAUGUACUAACUAGAUAUCCGUUUAACAUAAUCAAAACUUGUACAUCUUUGGAAACCAACUUAUAUUCCCAUGACGUUUAAAAACGUGAUCCAUAUUGUAAGAGAUGCAAAUACGCAGACAUCUAAUGUUAACUCGAUAUCGUUAUAUAUCUAAACUACAUGUAAUGUAUACAACAAUAAUGCUCCAGUAAUAUAUUACAGUAUUGCUCAAAGGAUUAAGGUAGAUAAUUAUGUUAAGCAAGAAUCUAGCAAUCUGAUUGUAUAUUUACCCGAAUGAUUAAACACUCUAUCUCUGUUCAUCUGGGGAAUAAAAUGUUGGCAAAAUUUCCACAAAAAUAAAAUUUUACCAAAAUUAAAGAAAAUUAUUAAUAGUUUGCAAAAAACAAUCUAGAGCAAAUCGUCUGACGACUUUUUAUUAGAAUGUUUGCCCUUUCAUAACAUUUUUUCCUAUUUUUGUGCAUUUUUGCCUUAAAUCUUAAAAUUCUAAUAAAUAAAUCGAAACUUAAAUAAACAAACAUGAUCAGCAAGACAAGAUCUACAUAUAAGUCAACAUAGAGUAAAUCGUCCGACAACUCCUUCUUGUAGUUAUUGCCCAUUAAUGCCGAUUUUAUUUUUAUCAAUUUUUUGCCUGUUGUCUUAUAUCUUAAGAAUUUUAAUAUAUAUGUAGAAACUUAAACACGCAAAAAUUAUCAGCAAGACAAGAUCCAAAGUAAAACUGCGUUUUUGUCUUCUAUCUUAAAAACUGGCCCGAGACCACAAUUAAUGACCCCGCUUUUCGUUGUCCACGAAUAUAGUUCCUUGCUAUUAGAGUGUCUUUUUUCUUUAUUUUUGUUCUCUGCCUUCUUGAUUCAUUUCUUAGUUUUUAUAGGAUGGGAAUGAAAGAAGAGAGUUGAAAUAAAUUUUUGGAUGCAAUAUUUUAACUAUUCAGUAGUGAGAAUGAGUGAUAAGGCCAGUUGCAAAAGGUAUCAUUGAUAGUUUUCGGAACACCUCUUGACUUGUCCAUACCAGCUAAAUUAAUGACCUGUAUAGAAGGAAUUUUCCUAAAACUUGGAUAUAAUGUGAGACUUGUACUGUACAUUACACAUACCAAAAUUUGGCAAAUUUGCAGGUUAUUUUUUUUUAAUGUGCAAAACGUUAAAAAGAAAUGAUAGGUAAAUUAAUUGUGGUCUAUGGCCAACUAUAAUAGAUAGAUAGAAACUGAAAUGAGCAAAAUGAUCAGCAAGGUCUUCAUAUAAGUCAAUAUGCAGGAAAUCGUCUAACGACUAUCCACAUAAUUUUAAAUGAAGUUGAUGUAUUAUUAUCUUGAAAACUAUAAUAGACACAGAGACACUUUAAACAGCAAAUUAUGAAGUUUGUAAAAAUAAAUUAUUUGUACUAGAUUAUGGGGCUUAAAAUUUUGAUAUAUAUAUUGCUCAAGAUGUUUAUAUAUGAUUGUAUAGAAUACAUUAUUUAAGCUUUA